GCAGAAAUACAAGGACACAGUCCUGGGACUUCAGAGAAUUGGCACUAGAAAGCAAGGAACGAAGAAAGCAGCCCUUUGGAAACAGGAUCUGAAGUUUUAGUUACGUCCUGCUUCAUCUGCGCGUAGAUCCAACGUUAUUUUGUUAGUCCCUCUCCUAAAAUUCAUCGGGAUACUGCUGCUUCAAUCUGAAACGUGGUUACAUUCAGACACAGCCACAAUUCGGCUUUGGGAAUCCUGCGGGAGGAGUCCGGCUCCGACACAGCUGUUAUCCCGCAGGUGCUUCUCAGUGAAGAGAAGAUAAUUCGAAGAGACCGGAGAUGCCUUGGCCGAGCAGAAAGCGAGACAAAGGAGCAGUAGCAGAUAAAAAGGAGCCUGAUGCUAAAGUUGCCAAAACCGAGGAGGAGGCUCCAGAUAAGGAAGAAGAGGAGAAGUCUGCAAAACCUCCAGCUGGGAGUUCUAAGUCGGGAUGGAAGAACUGGAAGAAGACAAAAGAAUCUGACUCCGGUGGGGAGGAAAGCAAGAUAACAUACUGUCACUGGCUUCUGAAAUCAGAACCAGAGAGCAGGCUCGAGAAGGGAGUGGAUGUGAAAUUCAGCAUCGAUGACCUGAAAGCUCAGCCCAAUCAGACAACCUUUUGGGAUGGAGUAAGAAACUACCAGGCAAGGAAUUUCCUGAGAGCCAUGAAGCUUGGCCAGCAGGCCUUCUUCUACCACAGUAACUGCAAAGAGCCUGGCAUCGUUGCCAUUGUCAAGAUCGUAAAGGAGGCAUACCCUGAUCACACACAGUUUGAUCAGAAGGAUCCUCAUUAUGAUUCCUCCAGCAGAAAAGAGAACCCCAAAUGGUCCAUGGUGGAUGUCCAGUUUGUGCGCAUGACAAAACGUUUCAUCCCGCUUUCCGAAAUCAAGGCUCACCACCUGGCACAUAAAGCAGAUGGAGGCCCCCUAAAGAACAUGAUGCUCUUCACAAGACAACGCCUCUCCAUCCAACCACUGACACAAGAGGAAUUUGAUUUUGUCUUGAGCCUGGAAGAGGAAAAGCCGCAUUAAGAAACUGACAGCAGCACAGCUUCUACCCGGCCUGCCGAUACCUCCUCCUAAAGCAGUGUAAUUCUCAAGUUCACUCGCUCAACUGCAGCAACAAGAACAUGCCCGCACAUGAUUUGCAGCUACGUGUCCCUUAUUCUGUCACACUGUUACUUUUGCUUAUUUUUAAAUAAAGCCUUUGAGAAUCAA